AAGACGCUCAAAAUAUGUCUUGUGAGAGUAUCAGCGUCACAUUUUUCGGGAUUCAUAUAAUUCCAAAAACGUUCUACCUGACGUUCGCCGUUAAAUACGCAUCUGAAAAUUGUUACCAGUUGGGUUUUCCCCGAAAUGUCCGUUGUUUCAUCUGCAAUUAUCGCCAAAUACGAGGCUCUGUUAAUCUGUUUUAUUAUUUCUUCAUGACAAUACAAUCCAGUAGAUCGUUUUGUAUUUCUUUCGAAGUUUCUUUAAAUAUUGCAGCAUUUUUAUGUGUUCGCUUAAGGUUGUAUCAAGCUCAGCAGAAGAAUUAAUCAGUCCACGAAAUAUUCCCGGGUUUUGGGAGUUCUCGGCUUCGUCGUGGCCCCCUAGCGCCAAUUCAAAUGCUC